AUGUCAUUGCUGUGUGUUGGAGUGAAGAAAGCCAAGCUCGAUGGACCACAAGAGAAAUUUAACACUUAUGUGACCCUGAAGGUGCAAAAUGUUAAGAGCACAACCAUUGCUGUACGUGGCAGCCAGCCAUGCUGGGAGCAGGACUUCAUGUUUGAGAUAAAUCGCUUAGAUCUGGGCCUUACGGUGGAGGUGUGGAAUAAAGGGCUGAUCUGGGACACCAUGGUGGGCACCUUAUGGAUCCCCUUGCAGAGCAUACGGCAGUCCAAUGAGGAGGGUCCUGGCCAAUGGCUGACCCUGGAUUCCAAUGUGAUCAUGGCUGAGAAUGAGAUUUGUGGAACCAAAGACCCCACCUUCCACAGGGUGCUGCUUGACACCCGCUUUGAACUGCCAUUAGAUAUUCCAGAGGAAGAGGCCAGAUACUGGGCCAAGAAACUAGAACAACUGAACGCCAUGAGGGACCAAGACUACAGCUAUCAAGAGGAGCAGGAGCGACCGCUACAGGCACCAUCGACUCAGUGUUGCAACUGGAGCCUGUGGGGAGAUCAACAAAAUGAGGACCCAGACAGCGCUGUGGAUGACAGGGACAGUGACUACCGCAGCGAGACCAGUAACAGCAUCCCCCCUCCUUACUACACCACUUCCCAGCCCAAUGCAUCCAUGCACCAGUACCCCAUGAGGCACCACCACUACAGACAUUCCUACAAUGAUGAAAUCCAUGAGCUGGACUACGACCACAGAGCCAUGAGACGCUAUGAUAGUUUAGACUCGGCCACCAACGGGCGCAGUGAUAUCGACUCAGGCUCGGGGUCGAGCCGGCGCACCAGCCGUCAGUAUUCUCUAGACAGUAGGCAUUCGCUCUCUGAUAGUCCAACGGACAGCCGUUACGCAUCGUCAGGCGAGCUGAGUCGAGGCAGCUCGCAGCUCAGUGAGGAGUUUGCUCCUGAGGACGGCGAGAGCCUGCGAGGCUCCGAGUUCUAUGAUGAGAAUGACUCCUACCACUCCUGCCACUCCUCCGUCAGCUACAGCAAGGAGGACUCCCCGGGCUGGGAUGCCGAAGAGCCGGAAGGGGUCUACAGCGACGACGGCGGCUACGUCAAAGAUGGAGGGGAGGAGGGGGCGCUAUACGACGAAGAAGAAGGAGACAUGUACGAGGGUGAGGAGGAAGGAGAGUAUAACUAUGAGGAUGAGGAGAUGCAAUAUGAGGAAGAUGAAAUGUACCCCCCGGAUGGCACGCUUAGUGAGGACCAAGAGGUACCCUACACCCCCACACCCACCAGCACUGCCCCUACCUUGAUACCAUCCUCUGAGGGGGUGUCCUCCACUAGGCCGCCCCUGGAAAAGCAGGCGUCCUUACAUCAGCAGCAGCCACCUCAGGCUCAGCUGCAACCCCAAAACUUGGAACAUGGUCUGACUCCAGUUACUCAGGAUGACACCAUGUCUCCUUUCAGUACAGCCUCCACCAAACCCCUCUUCAAACCCGUCCAACCGGGUGUGUCCACCUCCACCACAACCACCACCACAUCCACCACCACUGCCACCACUGCUUUAUCCCAGGUCCCGGCUUCAGAUAUGCAGACCUUGGAGCCUGAGGUUAGGCCUGACGUGCCACUGGAGGGCCCUCCACUCCCAGAACACCGUCCUGCAGAGGAGAGUGCCCCCACUGCACCUGAAGAGAAACCAGAGGAGCCUCUUGUUCCAAGUCAAAGAGAGAUCAUGGAGCCUGGUCCUGCCAGGGCCAAAGCCAACUGGCUGCGACUCUUCAGCAGGGUUCGUCUACAGCUGCAAGAGGCCCGAGGAGAGAGCGUUGGGAUUGCCUCUCUGCUAUUAUCAGCAGGGGUGGGCGGUGCUUUGUACAGCAUAGACAGCAUGCCAGACCUCAGGAAGAGGAAAGCUAUGCCUCUGGUCAGAGAUUUGGCUAUGUCUUUGGUUCAAAACUCCAGGAAGGCGGGCAUCACCUCGGCCCUGACGUCCAGCACCCUGCACAACGAAGAACUGAAAAGCCAUGUCUAUAAGAAGACCCUGCAGGCCCUCAUCUAUCCCAUCUCCUGCACCACACCACAUAAUUUUGAGGUGUGGACGGCCACCACCCCUACUUACUGUUACGAGUGUGAGGGGCUGUUGUGGGGUAUUGCUCGCCAGGGUAUGCGCUGCACUGAGUGUGGAGUCAAGUGCCACGAGAAGUGCCAAGACCUAUUGAACGCCGACUGUCUGCAAAGAGCCGCGGAGAAGAGCUCCAAACAUGGGGCAGAGGACCGAACCCAGAACAUUAUCAUGGUCCUGAAGGACCGCAUGAAGAUCCGUGAGCGCAACAAACCCGAGAUCUUUGAACUCAUCCAGGAGGUGUUCUCCGUGGUAAAGGCCACUCACGUCACCCAGAUGAAGCAGAUCAAGCAGAGCGUGCUCGAUGGGACGUCCAAAUGGUCGGCCAAGAUCAGCAUCACAGUGUUGUGUGCCCAGGGUCUCCAAGCAAAGGAUAAGACGGGUUCCAGUGACCCCUAUGUUACUGUCCAGGUGGGAAAAACCAAGAAGAGGACCAAAACCAUCUAUGGGAACCUCAACCCUGUCUGGGAGGAGAACUUCAACUUUGAGUGCCACAAUUCCUCAGACCGCAUCAAGGUGCGGGUGUGGGAUGAGGAUGACGACAUCAAGUCCCGCGUGAAGCAAAAGUUCAAACGGGAGUCAGAUGACUUCCUGGGUCAGACCAUCAUCGAGGUCCGAACACUGAGCGGAGAGAUGGAUGUCUGGUACAAUCUAGACAAGCGCACGGACAAAUCAGCCGUGUCUGGGGCUAUUCGCAUGCACAUUAAUGUAGAAAUCAAAGGAGAGGAGACGGUCGCCCCAUAUCACGUUCAGUAUACUUGCUUGCAUGAGAACCUGUUCCACUACGUGACAGAUAUCCAAAACAAUGGAGUGGUGAAAAUCCCUGACGCCAAAGGGGAUGAUGCAUGGAAGGUCUAUUUUGAGGAAACUCCCCAGGAGAUUGUGGAUGAGUUCGCCAUGCGCUAUGGAGUUGAAUCAAUCUACCAGGCCAUGACUCACUUUGCCUGCCUGUCAUCUAAGUAUAUGUGUCCAGGCGUCCCGGCAGUUAUGAGUACCUUGCUGGCAAACAUCAAUGCCUACUAUGCUCACACUACACAGGCAACCAACAACGUGUCAGCCUCCGACCGCUUUGCUGCUUCCAACUUUGGGAAAGAACGGUUUGUCAAGCUUCUAGACCAGCUUCACAACUCUCUGAGGAUCGACCUGUCCAUGUACCGGAACAACUUCCCAGCCAGUAGUCCUGAGAGGCUGCAAGACCUCAAGUCCACGGUGGACCUUCUCACCAGUAUCACCUUCUUCAGAAUGAAGGUCCAGGAGUUGCAGUCUCCACCCAGAGCCAGCCAGGUAGUGAAGGACUGCGUCAAAGCCUGCCUCAAUUCCACCUAUGAAUACAUCUUUAACAACUGUCAUGAACUCUACAGCCGCGAGUACCAGACAGACCCGGCCAAGCAGGGUGCCGUGCCUCCAGAGGAGCAGGGGCCCAGCAUCAAGAACUUGGACUUCUGGUCCAAACUUAUCACCCUCAUCGUCUCCAUCAUAGAGGAGGACAAGAACUCCUACACACCCUGCCUCAACCAAUUUCCACAGGAGCUCAACGUGGGUAAAAUCAGUGCUGAGGUGAUGUGGAACUUGUUUGCUCAGGAUAUGAAGUACGCAAUGGAGGAACACGAGAAGAACCGGCUGUGUAAGAGUGCCGAUUAUAUGAACCUGCACUUUAAAGUCAAGUGGCUGUACAAUGAGUACUGCAAAGACCUUCCCUUCUUCAAGAGCAGAGUACCCGAGUAUCCUGCGUGGUUUGAGCCAUUCGUCAUCCAGUGGCUGGAUGAGAAUGAGGAAGUGUCCCGAGACUUUCUGCAUGGUGCCCUGGAGAGAGACAAAAAAGAUGGGUUCCAGGUUACAUCGGAGCAUGCUCUAUUCUCCUGUUCAGUGGUGGAUGUCUUUUCCCAGCUAAAUCAGAGCUUUGAGAUCAUCAGGAAACUGGAGUGUCCAGACCCACAGAUCGUUGGGCACUAUAUGAAACGUUUUGCCAAGACCAUCAGCAAUGUGCUACUGUCGUAUGCUGACAUCAUCUCCAAGUGUUUUGCCAACUAUGUCACUAUGGAGAAAGUGAAAUAUGUAUCGUGUUGUCCACAGCCAUGCAUCUUGAUCAAUAACAUCCAACAGCUGAGGGUCCAGCUGGAGAAGAUGUUUGAGGCCAUGGGGGGAAAGGACUUAUGUGUGGAAGCCAGCGAUAUCCUGAAGGACUUACAGGUUAAGCUGAAUAAUGUCAUGGACGACCUCAGCAGGGUGUUUGCAGUCAGCUUCCAGCCUCACAUAGAAGAGAAUGUGAAGCAGAUGGGAGAUAUCUUGGGCCAGGUGAAGGGCACCACCAACGUGGGCAAUGCCAGCAGUGUGGCCCAGGAUGCCGACAACGUCCUCCAACCUAUUAUGGAGUUUCUGGACAGCAAUCUGACACUGUUUGCUAAGAUCUGUGAGAAGACUGUGCUAAAGCGUGUGCUGAAGGAGCUGUGGAAACUGGUGAUGAAUACUAUGGAGAAGACCAUUGUUCUGCCUCCACUCACAGACCAGACGAUGAUUGGGAGGCUGAAGAGUGCUUCUCACAGUGAUGGUACUCAGCUUAUAUUUAAUGCUGCCAAGGAGCUGGGACAGCUGUCCAAGCUUAAGGAGCAUAUGGUUCGUGAGGAGGCCAAAGCCCUGUCACCUAAACAGUGUGCCGUGAUUGAACUGGCUUUAGACACCAUCAAGCAAUAUUUCCAUGCUGGUGGUGUGGGUCUGAAGAAGACUUUCCUGGAAAAGAGUCCUGAUUUGCAGUCUCUCCACUACGCCCUGUCGCUCUACACCCAGGCCACAGACAAACUCAUUAAGACCUUUGUGCAGUCGCAGAAUGCUCAAGUGUUCGGCGGGAAGGGGGUGAGGUUCACCACUAGUGAGGAUGUGUACCCAGACAAGGGCUCCGGGGUGGACGAUGCUGUGGGAGAGGUGUCUAUUCAUGUGGAGAUCUUUACUCACCCCAACACAGGAGAGCACAAGGUCACGGUUAAAGUGGUGGCUGCCAAUGACCUGAGGUGGCAGACCCAAGGAAUAUUCCGGCCCUUUGUGGAGGUCUAUAUUAUUGGCCCUCAUCUCAGUGACAAGAAGAGGAAGUAUGCCACCAAGUCUAAGAACAACAGCUGGGCUCCCAAAUACAAUGAAACCUUCACUUUCACCCUGAGUAAUGAGGUGGGUCCAGAGUGCUAUGAGCUCCAGGUUUGUGUAAAGGACUACUGCUUUGCCCGUGAGGACCGCACCGUGGGCAUGGCUGUUAUGCAGCUGAAGGAAAUGGCCUCAAGAGGCAGUAUGGCCUGCUGGCUGCCGCUGGGUAAACGCAUCCACAUGGAUGAGACUGGCCUUACUGUGCUGCGCAUCCUCUCCCAACGAAACAACGAUGACGUCGCCAAGGAAUUUGUCAAACUCAAGUCUGAUCAGCGCUCUGCAGAAGAGGGUCGCAGCUAA